AAAAAAAGGGAAAAAAAAAAAAAAAAAAAAGGGGGAGGAAAAAAAAAAAUGCGGGAGAGAGCAGGAAAAAUAAGACGGGAAAAAAUCCGCCCGUGAGAGGACAGGUUCUGCUCGUGGCACAGAGCAAACGGGCUUGCCUAUUUUUUUUUUUUUUUUAAUUUUAUUUUGUAUUUUCUUCUCGCCGAGAGGAUUCAGCCGCCUGGAAAGCGCAUGUGAAAAGAGCAGCAGCAAGGAGAGGGGAGGAAAAAAAAAAAAAAAAAGGAAAAAAAAAAAAGGGGUGGUUUGGCUUGGACCCCCCCGCCCCAGUGCGGGAGGAAGGACCCGCGGCGGCCGGAGGGCGAGGAGCUGCGGCGGCCGGCGAGGGAAGGGACCGGGGCUGCGUGACCCCCGCGGCGCGGGGGGAGAGGCGAGGAAGAGACGUUUCCCGAUCCUCCCCGCCGAGGAUUUGGGGAGGUUUCCGCGCCUGGAGCCCGUGCCUUUGGAUCUAAAGAGGAUUAUUAUUUUUUGGGGGGUGGCACUGAAGCUGGAUUUGUUCCUGUGCGUGCGGCGCGGGGGGGGGCAUUUCUGCUGCCUCUAGAGGAGCCGGCGGCCCGGCCGGGGCGCGGAGAUCCCCGCGGAUCGCUCCGCACCCCCCGGGAAAGGUGCGCCGAGGGGAUCGGCGGGGGGCGGGGGAGGAGAGGCAGCUGCAGCUGCCGGGGAGGAGGCCCGGCGGAGCGGCAGCAAAGUCAUCGCUAUCGGCCCCCCCUCGGCUGGCUUCGGGCUCGGCGCUCUCCAUGUCUCUGGCUCUGGGCAGCGGCCGCCACAGCAGCGAGUAGGGGGGGAGGAGGAGGAGGAGGAGGAGGAGGAAGAAGAAGGGAGCCCGGGAGUGCCUCCCUCCCUCCGUCCCUCCCUCCCCCCGGCAGCCCCGGCCGCCUCCCGUCCCCUCGCCCCGCGUCCCUGCCUUCCCCUCCCCAAGAUGGGCUGUUUAGGGAACAGCAAGACGGAGGAUCAGCGCAACGAGGAGAAGGCGCAGCGGGAGGCCAACAAGAAGAUCGAGAAGCAGCUGCAGAAGGACAAGCAGGUCUAUAGGGCCACGCACCGGCUCCUCCUGCUGGGUGCUGGUGAAUCCGGUAAAAGCACAAUAGUCAAGCAGAUGAGGAUCCUACACGUGAAUGGAUUUAAUGCUGAGGAGAAGAAAAUGAAAAUUCAGGAUAUUAAAAACAAUAUUAAAGAAGCUAUAGAGACAAUAGUGACAGCAAUGGGCAAUUUGGCACCUCCAGUGGAACUAGCCAAUCCAGAGAACCAGUUUCGAAUCGACUACAUCUUAAAUUUAGCAAACCAGAUAGACUUCGAUUUCCCUCCGGAGUUUUACGAACACACAAAAACACUUUGGCAGGACGAAGGUGUGAAAGCCUGCUACGAGAGAUCCAACGAGUACCAGCUGAUUGACUGUGCACAGUAUUUUCUAGACAAGAUUGACAUAGUCAAACAGAACGAGUACACCCCAUCUGACCAGGAUCUCCUCAGAUGCAGAGUUUUGACAUCAGGAAUUUUUGAAACCAAGUUUCAGGUGGAUAAAGUAAAUUUUCAUAUGUUUGAUGUUGGAGGGCAACGAGAUGAACGCCGAAAAUGGAUCCAGUGUUUUAAUGAUGUGACUGCUAUCAUAUUUGUGGUGGCGAGCAGUAGCUACAACAUGGUGAUACGAGAGGACAAUCAGACCAACCGGCUGCAGGAAGCACUAAACCUCUUCAAGAGUAUCUGGAACAACAGGUGGCUACGGACCAUUUCAGUAAUCCUUUUCCUGAAUAAACAAGAUUUGCUAGCAGAGAAAGUUUUGGCAGGGAAAUCUAAAAUUGAAGACUACUUUCCAGAAUUUGCUCGCUACACUACACCAGAUGAUGCAACACCAGAGCCUGGUGAGGAUCCCAGAGUUACAAGGGCCAAGUAUUUUAUUAGAGACGAGUUUCUUAGAAUCAGCACAGCAAGUGGAGAUGGAAGGCACUACUGCUACCCUCACUUCACGUGUGCCGUGGACACAGAGAACAUCCGGAGGGUUUUCAAUGACUGUCGGGACAUUAUUCAGCGCAUGCACCUUCGCCAAUACGAGUUGUUGUGAUGGAGAGCACUUUUUUCUGUGUUUUGGACUCCUUAUUCCUUAUUAAAAAAAAAGAAAAAAACACCCUUGCCCACAUAGGGUGGAAGAGAACUGUUUGAAUCUCCCAUUGAUUUGCACCCCUCAACUUUUUCUCCUUGCUGGACAAUAGCAGCACUUCUAAGCUUGCUUCUGUACCCCUCGGACAGUUUGAGAUGGCCCCUAACACUUAAAAGGCCAUUUCCAUGAGGAUUCCCUAACACUGUUAUUAACAAAAGAGAGAGAGAAAAAAAACAAACCAAACAAACAAACAAAAAAUAAAACCUAAUUAAUUAAAAGCCCUGAAUGUGGAGCACCUGAAAGAAUUGGGGGUGAAAAAAUUAAAACGUUGAAACAAAAUUGGGGGAGAGAAAACUUUAGGUAAUUUAGCACUGCUGUGGGCAUAAUCCUAUAACCCGUGAUCUCCACUUUGUAUCACUCACUGCAUCCGAGUAACGAAGGUGCCAAGUCACAGACCAAGUUUGAAGACAGACCCUUGAGUUUGGUUCUCUGACUGUAAUGUGGCUUUGGGCGGAAAUACUGACAAUUCUCCAACAGACCUAGACAGUGCAAAAACCAACUGCUACCUUUCAGAAGGGUAUUUUUAAAACCAGUCUUGGUGGUCUAAAGACAACCAUGGACAUUUAUGAAUUGAACUGCGUAUGGCCUGUGAUUGCAGAAAGAGUUAACCACACACUGUUUUCAGUUUGUCCACUGAUGAUCCUGUCUGCUCUAAAAAUCAUUAUCUAGACUGUAGUCCUCACAGUCUUUCCCUUCUUUUUCUUCUUCCCUUCCCUCAUUUUUUAUUUUACUGCUGGAUUAUUAUUCUUGUACAGACUGUAAAAUGUAUUAUUUUGUACAACUUUAUUGAAAAUAACUUGUAGAAGAUCUUUGUGCCUUGAUUAUGGCUGUACCUGUACAAUGAGCUAAGAUGUAAGUAUGUUUGAUUGCGCUGUACAGCUUUGUCAACCCUAUCUGCAGCAUUAGCUCAAGGUAGGGAAAAUUUAUCUGUAGUUUAGUUUUUCUGGUUUAUAAAAGAAGGAAAAAUACUGUUUAGUAAAAAAAAAAAAAGGAAAAAAAGGAAAAAAAAAAAGAAAAAAGUACAAAUUGUGCAAACUUAACCACUUUAAAAGUGAGGUCUUCAACAAGUGACCAGAUGUUGCAGCAUCGUGCUUUUUAAUUUUUAGCUUUAAUUCAUUUAAAUCUCUAUCCAAAUGCAAAACAUGGCUUGUUUCUACAUAAAACCAAAUUUUGCUACAAAUUAUAAAUGUUAGUCUUUGGUCAUUCAUAGUCCUAUUUUUGCUAAAGACAAAAAAGAAAAAAAAAAAGAAAACCAGAACAAUAACAGACACGUAGGGCAUCAUGCAGGUCUGGUGACCAUCUCUAGACUGGGCCAAAUACCCACCAACCUUGGCUUGCGCUGCGUGGGCAACGACUACCGGAAUGACAAGGUGUGCACUGCCCUCGGAUUUGGCCACUGAAUUCCAGUUUCAAACGACAUUUUUAUUUCUCUUUUAAUAAAGAGAUACUUUAGAACCUUUUUUUUUUUUGUUUUAUAUUAACUAUAUAAGUAGCUUAAAAGUGAAGAUGUGUGGAUUUUUUCUUAAACUUGAAUAAUUUAUGCAAAUUAUAUGCUUAGAACAACAUGUGGUACAGUAAAAAGAAAAAAGAGCAAAAAUCACUGUAGCAAUAAGAGAGCAUGUAAUUUUAGUAACUACUACACUGCUUUAUAUUUUAUACCUAGGUGUUUUAUGUCUCUGUGAGUGUGUUACUUUUUCAUGUGUCUAAACCUACGUGUACAAUUUGUACAGAGUCAGAAAUUACAGCUGUAAUAACACAUCUAGAACAGUGUUAGCCUAUAUUACUCAAACACCCCUGUUCCCCCUUCAUUUACACCCCUAAACUGAUCUGGAUCUUAACUGCAGUGACUUUAAAAGGAAAAGAAACAAAAACACCAAAAUUCUUGCCUCUUUGCCUUUCACACUAGCUUCCCUCCACCCAAGAGACCGUGUUGGCUUUCUUUGUUUGGGAAGAGAUGCAGUUUAAAUUCAAGUGAGGGCGUGGUCAGUGAUGUCUGUGCAGCUAGAUUUGCUUCAGGUAUCGGAUGCCUUUUCAAUGUUAAGAAAUGCAACUGUUCAGAAUUGUGACUUUUCAUUUGCUUUUGUGGCUGAAGUCUUAAAAUGAAUCACACAGUCCAUUUUCACUGGAGAGCAGGGAUGUGAGGGAGUUACUGUCCCAUCUCAAUUCAGAAUUACUUCCAGAAACACUGAAUAGUUGAAAAAUUUUAGCUGCAGUUGUUACUCACCUUUGCAGAAUGAUCUUUCCUGUUCACAGGUUUAGACAGCUGCCACCUGAACUUUGUAGAACUGUAGAAAACAUGACUGAAAAUAGGCCCCUCCAAUUCAGAAUGUAUCCAGUGCCUGUAGGUGAAGGGCUGGCGUUUCCACUAGGUAAAAAUGGGACACAUGUAGUGGAAAGGAAAUUCAUUGUGAGCCUUAAUUUUAGUUACAGGAGCCAAAAUCUUUAUUUUAGUGCCAACCCUUAUCUUUUUAAGCCUAGGAGGAGUUGGUGUGAACACCAAAUUUAUAAAUGGAGAAAACCUGUAGUGGUGUGAGGAAUGUAAUCUCUUGUCUGAGAGAAACAAAGCACCUCCAUUAAGAAAAUUAACAAAAUAAGCUUUUUUCCUCUGAUGAGGAGGACACAUAAUAACAAUGAGCUAUAUAAGACAGCAACAGUUUAAGAAACCUAAAGCUUUAUAUGAACAGAUAUGUUUAGGGGAUGCUUUUUUUUUUUUUCUUAUGUGAGGAAAAAGGCAAUUGUUUUGAAUAUGGUUGAGUUGCACAAGUACAGAGCGUGUGUGUGUCUUAAUGUCUCAGUAUUGCCUUUGUUAGUCUCUAUUAGUCCAUGCAGUUUGGUGGCCUGGUAAAUGCAAGUCUUAUUUUUAACAGCUUUCUUUUUCCUUUUUUUUUUUUUUUUUUUUUUAAUACAAAACCAUAAAGCUUUAAUGCUUGCUAUUUAAUAAGUAACUGUGUUUUCUUCUGUCUCUAAUUUAGUGGCCAUAAUUUGCAGUUAAUUGAACCAUUCCAACCUAAUGCUUACCCAUAUUUCUUAGUUUUGUUUUAUUUAUUUAUUUGAACUUCUUGUUUUCAUGAUUGAAGACUGUCACUUCUGUCUCAUUCAUCUGUUUGGAAACUUCUGACCUUACAGCCAAAACUUAACUCAUUCUACUCAGUAUUCAUCGUGAUGCUGAAGUGUAAGAUACCUGCAAAUGUAAACACUACCACUUUUAUUAAUAAAAGCAAAUACAGUGUUUUUAGGGCACAUUUGCAUCACUGUAGUUGAGGUUGUGUCAGUAUUUCCAUUGUAAACCUAUGGAGGGUUGGCAGGUUGGCACUAAACUGCCCUAAGCUGAAUCUUUGCCAUACAAGGCUUCUGCUCAAGCGUGAUUUUGGUGGGUUGGUUUUUCAACAGUUUCCAACACAAACUCUUGUUUCUGUUUUAAGUUAUACAACUGUUUUGUUGGAUGGGGGUUGGUUUAAAAAGAAAACAACAAAAAACAACAAACAAACCUGGUUUAAGAUUGUUUUUGGCACUUCUGUAACUCAGAAAUGGUUUUGAUUUUAAAACAACCUUCGGCAAGCCAGUAACCUACAAUAUGGUCUGAUCACUUUGGGUAUUUUGUAAAAAUAAUAAUAAAUUGUAGAGAUGUUGUGGUUUCAAAAUCAGCUACUGUGCAUUUGCAGUAACUUAUUUCAACCCAAGAGCUUUUAGUAAUUUGUGCAUCAGGGCACACAUUCAGUGUGGUGCAGCAGAGUAGGGAUAACUCCUAAAGAUUUUUUUCUUUUUCAAUAAUGUGGAGAGAUAAAUCCACUACAGACUAAAAAAUUAUUCAGCUGCCUCUGAAAGCAUCAAAAACUGCUCUCAGAGUCUGAAACUGGAGCUCUGCAAGUUGAUAGGAGCAGACUUUGAUGCAAAAGCCUGGGAAGGCAUCCUGGAUCAGCUGUCAUAGACAGGAGUCCUUGAGGGCUUUUCUUCAUUUAUCUAAAAACUUUUGAUUCGUGGCAUCAGGGCAGGAUUUAACUGAGGGCAUGUCCUAACUGCAGAGGAAGGGAAGCUAACACUGCUCCACUGUGCUGCACAGAAUUGAUACCUGCAGGGUAAUUUCCACCUGCCAGUAAAUCUAUGCACAGAUUUAUUAAUGUUCAUGGUUUCAGAACUUGAGCACCUUGUAAUUCGUCGUGCUGUGUUGUUCCUGUAAAUGACGGAGGAUGUUUUGUAUUAUUUAUCUUAUUUUCCAAUGUCAGAAGUUAUGUGCCAGUAAAAACAAAAGACAUAAACAUAGAAGAUUGACCCUAGACCUGGAGGCAGAGCCCGUGACAGCUGAGUACCAGUCCAGUGCCUUAGUGACAAUGCUCUUGGUGAUUGGUGCUAUACAAAUGUCUUAAGAGUGGUAAAGUUGUUCUAAGUUAUAAAAUUAUGUGACUCAUUGUGGAAGAGAGUAAGUUCUCUUCUUUCCCCAGCUGUACCUGAUGUGCUGUGUGUAUUCCUAACAAUGCUGGCACGCCUAAGACCUCUUCCAUGGAAGCAGAUGUUAAAAUUCCUACUGACUUUAAUGAGCAGGAUCGGGGCCAUAGAUUACUAUCAGUGGAAAUCUCGCACAGGAGCAGGUCCUCAUCUCUAAAAUACAUGUUGGGUUUGUAUAACAGUAAAAAUAUUUAUAAGCAAACGUCUGUUUGCAGUCCAAAACCAAACUGUGCCCUUCUUCCUCAGCUUGCUAUCUCUGAAAAUUCAUCUGGGAAAAAAAAUCUUCCUGUUCUAUGACAAACUUUGAAGUGUCUUUGUAAAUAAAAUAAACUACAAAGGGGAUUUCUGAAGCUCUGAUGAAAGCCUGACACUGAAAAGUCCCUCUGGUGACUGACAAGACAAAUUCCAAGAGUGAGCCUAUUUUAAUCCUGGUCAUACUCAGUCCUGUGAGUGGAUGCGUGUCAGGGUAGGUAAAACUGCUUCAGAAUUUUGCUGUAGUGCACAGACUGCUAAAAUUUGAGCCAGAAGUAUUGGCCUUGGAAUUAAUUGUUUUGAUCCUUGGUUCUCAUUAAGAGCUCAAACUUCUUUUUAUCCUGGUUACUUUCAGUGUACUGAGCUGAGCAAAAUGGGUGCAGUAUAAAGCACAAUCUGACCUGGAAAAAUAACAUGGGAGGAGGUGGGAAGGCAAAUAAGAUCUCUCACUGCAUUAAACACAAAAAUAAUAAGGUGGAAGUUUUUGUCUGACUUCUGUGUCCUAUAAACUUAGUCUGGUCUCUUGGAAAACAGGGAAUUCCCCAGGGUAACAACAGCAUUGAUACCUCUGUAACAUGGAUAACUGACCAAAUAUGUAAUACAUAAUUAAAAAUCCACCAAAAAACAAACUUACAAAUUUUCCUAAUUUUGUUUUUCACUUAGGAAGUUUGACUCAAAAUUACUGAAUGACAGAACAAAAUAAAACCUUUGACCAUUGUCCCACAUACGGAGAAGGAUAAAUUUUUGAGGGAUAAGAUGGUGACAGUAAGGAUUUUUGUGUAAUAUGCUUUUUAAUGCUGGGGUACCAGCAGACAAAUGUAAGCAAAUUCAAAAUUAAAAUGUGAAUUUAUCUCUUCACUUUAAUUUACCCAGUCAUUUCACUGAAUGAGUUGGCUAAUUAAUUAUUUAAAUUUACUACUAAUCAAGUUUGGAGAAGGAUAAGCCUAGGACAGAGGCUGUAAUGUUGGGAAUUCUCUCAGUUCUGUUGUUCUGUCAUGCAAACCAUUGUUUUAGGCUGUGAAUUUUAUGUGAAUUAUUAAUAGUGGAGUACAAUGUUUCUAUCUGUAGUUUUCUGGUAUUUGAUGUGACUUUGGAACUGUAUCAUUCUUGCAACUGAAAUGCCAGAGUGCUGGCAGAGGGCCGAGCAGCUGUAUCAGGGUUAGGAAUUGCCACAUCAGGGGGGCACAUUCCAGUUCUUUUUUUGCUACAUUUUCAGUUUGCUGUUGGCAGGAUCAGAAGAGCUUCCACAAAAAGACAAAUUAGGGGUUGGGUGAUAGAACUAAAUCCUGUGGAAGAACUCAAAGUAUUAAUGAGAAUCAGACUGGUGCUGAGGUGGAGCCAUGGAGAUGUGUCCUGAGGGGGGUGUGAGGGCUGAUGAAUAUCUCAGUAGUUUUAAUCUUUGUUCUCUUACUGUUUGAAGGCACAUCCAAAAUGAAGUAAUGGAUUGUGAGAAUUUUGCUGCUAACCCUGAGUUCUGUUUCUCACAGGGCAAAGCUCUGCUGGGCUGCAGAGGUUUGUCUGUGUAAGGCAGUGUGGAAGCCCAGAGCAGCCACCAGCAGCAGCUUUUGUGAACCUGUUUGUGAUUUAAAACUGGGACACUGAACAGCCAGUUGCUCUGUCCUGCAGCAUGACCCAAACCUCAGCUGCUUUCUCCUGUCCUCACCCCCCUCACUCUUGUAAUGGUGUGGUUGAUAAGAAAAUAGAGCAGUUAUGAAAGAAAGCAAGGAGACAACUUCAAAGUUCAAAUUCCAUUACCUUGGAUACUGAAAAAGAAAUUUAGGGGGAAAAUUCUUCAUUCCCCAGGUGAGUGACCCAGUCUGGGAUCCUCAUACAAAUUUUCAAGGUCAGAGAAUGAAUCAAUCCCAAAAGGCCAGGGUUAUCCGGUUAAGGAACUGCAAAAAAAAAAAAAAAAAUCUCAGAGAUAGUUUAGUGAAAGGUGAGUUUAAUGAUCAGCAUGAAAAUCAGCUGGAACUUGCUUUAAAGCGAGAAAUUGUUUCCACCACAGGCUCAUCUUGAGAAGCACUUGGGGUGUUGGGAGGCUCAGUGUUUUAAGCAAUCCUCGGUAUAUAAAAUACAGUUCCAACUCUUAAGUUGACAUUCGAGGGACACUAGAAUGACAUCACAUCAGCAACCUCCAAACCACCUUGUUUUGUUUCAGAAUAUUCUUGGUUACGUGGUGAAGUGUCAUGUGUUCAAUGUCUGGAAAAACUGUUACCAGUACUUGAGAUACAAACAGAAAUGUUUCGUCUUGAGGCUCUGCUUGAGAAGGAAGAACUCUUUAGCCAAAACUCAUUAGCCUAAUGAUGCUGCUGUAAUUUCCUAUACCAUUGGAAAGUUAUUACCUUAACUCUAGUUGAAUGUAUUGGCUGCUUUGUAAAGGGCUAACGAUUACAAAAAUACAAAUUUAUGCUAAAAGAAUUUGUAGAGGGCAAGGAGCAGAGGGAAUGACAGAGACUGCCAGGGUGGAUAUUUUUAAAAAACAUAUGAAUAAAAGGCAAACAGUUUUGUUGGAA